AUGCCCUCUCUUACCGUCGAAAUUGUAUCAAUAUCCGGUGGUAAUCGUGUUUUACUCCACUCUCUAUUUCUCAUAUCCUUGAAGAGUCAUAGAAGAUGUGGAGACUUCUUUGGAUAUGGAUCUAGAAGCCCUAAAGGGCCACCAUUAUCACUUCUCGAUCUCACCACACCGAUUCUAACGACAGCAGAUGUUGGCAAGUCCGCCUCCGUUCAUGGAGGAACCACUAUCACCUUCCAAAUAAGAGACAACAUGAUUGCAUGUUUGGUGUAUCAGACUUCGUUGAUAGUUUCCAUUACUCACUUCGAAAGAUUGAUCUACAAGUGGUCCCUCAAUUAGGUCAAAAAUUAAUGAAGC